AUGCAGUUCCUUUUGCUGCUUGCUCUUGGAGUGAUUGGAGCGUAUGCCGUCCCCAUCCAGGACAAUAUUUCCCCAAGACCAGGAGAAACAUGUGGAUAUGAGAGUUGUCCGAAGGUAAAGCCAGGCGCUCUGAACGUACAUAUUGUACCUCACACUCACGAUGACGUUGGCUGGUUGAAGACUGUCGAUCAGUACUACUAUGGAAGUCGUAACAACAUCCAGAAGGCUGGCGUCCAGUAUAUAUUGGACUCCGUCGUCAAAGAAUUGUGGGAGGAUCCUAAGAGGAGAUUUAUCUACGUGGAAACUGCCUUUUUCUGGAAAUGGUGGGUCCGUCAACCUGAAGAUAUCCAGCAGAAAGUGCACACAUUGGUCAGACAAGGCAGGCUUCAGUUCGUGGGAGGAGCUUGGAGUAUGAAUGAUGAGGCAGCAUCACACUAUCAAAGUACCAUUGAUCAGUUCACUUGGGGUUUGAGCAAAUUGAACAGAACCUUCGGCGUGUGUGGUCAGCCCCGAGUUGGUUGGCAAAUUGAUCCUUUUGGCCACUCUCGGGAGUUCGCUUCUCUCUUGUCUAUGAUGGGGUACGAUGGACUGUUUCUUGGACGGAUUGACUACCAGGACAAGGGCACCAGACUCAGGGAUAAAUCUAUGGAGAUGCUGUGGCGCGGAGAUGAUGAUCUUGGUAAAUCAUCAGACAUAUUUACUGGUGCUCUUUACAACACAUACUCACCACCUCCAGGGUUUUGCUUCGACGUAUUGUGUAGUGAUGAACCAAUCGUUGAUGACCCUAAUUCGCCAUUAAACAAUGUGGAAAAUAAGAUACAACUAUUUAUAGAUUAUGUUCAGAACCAAGCAAGAAGUUUCCGCACAGAUAACAUUGUAAUAACCAUGGGUGGUGACUUCACGUACCAAGACGCCACCAUGUGGUAUAUCAAUCUAGAUAAGUUAAUAAAAUAUACAAACUUAAUAGCGGCCAAAGAUGAAUUGAAUAUAACAUUAUUUUAUUCAACACCCAAUUGUUAUUUAAAAGCAAUUAAGGAUUCCAACCCGGAUUUGCCCACGAAACAGGACGAUUUCUUCCCAUAUGCGAGUGACUCUACAGCCUAUUGGACCGGGUAUUUUACUUCAAGACCCACUACUAAGUAUUUUGAAAGGGAAGCCAAUAAUUAUUUACAAAUGGUUAAACAACUGCAAGUCCUGGCCGAUUUGGACAAACACAACGAAUUUGUUUUAAAUGAACUCAAAAGUGCUAUGGGUAUAAUGCAACACCAUGACGCCAUAACUGGCACUGAAAAGGAGCAUGUCACCCAUGACUACGAAAGGAUAUUGACGCAGGCUGUUGAUGAUGCAAUGAUUAUUGCCAAGGAAGCCUUCAAUAAAGUCACGCAAGGAGACGCAUCGAAACCGCCAAUACUUGACUUCACUAGAUGCCAUUUGAACGAGUCUAGCUGCUACAUAUCAGAAAAUAGCGAGCAGUUUAUUGUAACAGUAUAUAAUCCUUUGGGAUGGCAAGUGAGGGAGCCAAUCAGGAUACCAGUAGACGAUGCAAAGUAUGAAGUAUUCGGACCUGAUGGUAAACAAAUCAAAACUCAAUCUGUUGAUAUUUCCAAGUCUGUUAGGUCUAUCCCAACCCGUCUGUCCGCAGCCUUCAAAGAAAUCGUUUUCAUAGCCGAUUUAAAACCGCUUGGAUACAAAUCGUUUUAUAUCCGUAAAAAUAUACGAGUCAAAAGAGAUAAAACAAUCGAUUACUUCACAAAUAUCAACGAUUAUUUCGAUGCCAUUAAAGAUAAACUCGAUGAAGAUAUAAAAGAAAAAGAAUACAAUCUUUUACGAGAGAAAGAGAUACCGAUAGCUCCUGUUCCUUUCAAAAGUGUCGAAUAUAAAGAUACUAACGUAGAUAUAUUAAAAGAUGGCAAUAACGAUGGAGACUUGCGAGAAUUGGAGACCUUUUUGAAAUUUAAUAAAAAACCGAAGAGUAUUAAAGCUAGGAAUAAAAUUGAGUUUCCAAAAUUAAAUGACGAAGAAAUGAGAAUGCUGUCGGAUGAGCCCAGAACGGUGGAAAAGUUUGAAGAUGAGUACGUCUUGGAGAACCAGUUUUUCAAACUCAAAGUCGACACAGCGACAGGACAAAUCAACGACGUAUCUUUCCCUGAUGGCUCACGCCUAAACUUCACAAUCAACAUGUAUUACUACCCUGGAUGCAAGGGCCGUAAUACUCAACCUUCAGAUCGGGCUUCUGGUGCUUAUAUAUUCAGACCAAACGCUACAAACCCUACCAAACUGAGCAUGAUUAAAAGUACAGUUGUCAACGGCGAUAUAGUCAAAGAAUUCAGAGUAAAUUUACAUCCAAGUGGUUACAUCAAUACUAAAAUAUACGACAAUUUAAACUUCAUAGAAAAUGAAUUUAUUGUAGGUCCGAUUCCCAUUGAAGAUAAUAUCGGCAAAGAAUAUAUUAUAAAAUAUGGUUCAGACAUUGUCAAUAAUGGUGAAUUUUAUACAGAUUCUAAUGGCAGACAAAUGUUGAAAAGGAAAUUGAAUUAUCGACCUCAGUACAAUGUUACAUUACUUGAGCCGAUAGCUGGCAAUUAUUAUCCGGUUACGAACGAAAUUUAUAUACAAAAUGAUGAUUUGAAAAUGACUGUUUUGACUGAUCGGUCUGUAGGUGGCAGUUCUUUGGUUGAAGGUGAAAUUGAGCUAAUGGUGCAUAGAAGGUUGUUAUGGGAUGAUGCUUUUGGAGUAGGCGAAGCUCUGAAUGAAACAGCUGCUGGCAAGGGUUUGGUUGUUAGGGGAAAACACAGGGUUUAUAUUACAAAGAAUAAGGAUAACCUUAAGAAAAAUGUGUUGGGUAUGCAUCUAUCACCACAUUUGUUGGUUUCUGAUGCUCAUACAAUUCAUUUAGAAGACUGGUUGAAACUGAACAAUGAUUUUAACUUUGUUAAUAAUGAUUUACCUAACGGUGUUCAUCUAUUGACUCUGGAACCUUGGAAUGAGAAGCUACUUAUAAGAUUCGAGAAUUAUCUCGAUAAAGGACCAAAUUCUGAUGUAGAAAUUGAUUUGGGAUCCAUAUUUAAGAAUGUUGUUAUAAGAAAUGCGAGAGAAACGAUGCUUGCUGCUAAUGUAUGGGCUGAUGAAUACAGAAAAUGGAUGUGGAAUGGUGAUGUAGCGGAAUCCAGCGAUCCUAUCGAAGGGUUGAAAGUCAAAGUUAAAUCAAAAGAAAUUAAAACGUUUAUUGUAGAUUACGAAUUAAAGAAAUAG